AUGCCGAAGACCAAACCAACACCCGUCGAGGACCUGAUAAUACCGCCGCAGGACCAAAAGAUAUGCGGAACGAUCUGCGUUUGCCAAAUGACAGCGGUUCUUAGCUGCGUCGCUAUCGUCUAUCUGACCGUAGCUAUCUAUAUGCCAUAUACCCGAGCUAUUGCUUCCGGAAUUGAUCCGACACCGAUCAUGUGCACAACAACAAGGGCUGUCAACAAAGAUAACUGCGAUUGGGGCUCGUGUGGCGAAUGGUGCUUGAGCAAAACGUCCGGUGCUUGCAUCCAAAUCUACGUCAACGUUAGAAACAAUGGGUCGUCACUACUUCUCUCUGAAUGUGGAAGCGCUGCUAACAAGACUUGCUAUGGUAUAGACCAGGAGAACGCCAAGAAGUACCACUGUAUUCGAGACGAGUGUAAAAAUCUUACUGGGACUUUUAAUUGUACUGAGGGGAAAUGUAUAAACAUAACGGACGCUUUUGAGUGCGCCUUCCGGGAUACGGAUCCACCGUUGAAAUGUUCUGGUAGAAGAGGCAAGAUAACGUGCAUAGAUGUCCACGGAUUGUUCUCAUGCAAUCGGGGGACAUGUCGAAAGAUACGUACGCCGUAUAACUGCGAUCGGCGAUGUGUCGAUAUUCCGACCCGCAACAAGAAUGUUAUAGUUUUAAGUGGGGAUAGGGUAUUUCUAGCAAGAUGUACGAAACUUGCUAAAGAAGAAGGCGGAGAAAUAGUAUGGACAGAUAACGGUGAAGAAGUUAUAAUGCUUUCGUGUCAUGCUGUUCAUAAUGGGACUUCGGGAGUGGUCGCUGUCGACUGUAUUAAUGCUGCACUAUUGCCUCGCACAGAAAUUUCCGAUUUAACCAAUUUUACCUACUUACAGUAUUUAUACACCUUAAAAGCCACACCGAAUAGAGUUAUAGCACCGUCCGAAGUUGAAUUAACUUUAGCUAAUGACAGCAGAUUGAUGAUUAACUUAGAAGGUUGUGUAAAUACGCUUGCAGACGAAUGCAAGGAUUUCCUUAAAACGUAUGGUAGAGAUGGAACAGAUCAUAAUGCAAAAGCGAGAUUCCCAUGUUUCCAUACAGAAAAUAAUCCGGAGACAGUUGUUGCGAGAUUUGAUCUGGACGCCACCUAUCGGCAAUUUAUAGUAGCCCUUAUACUUCCCACCGUACUGGUUGUGGUCUCGUGUAUAACGUUGAUGUUGUGUCAAAGGACGGUUGAAGUUGGUGACGAUGCUAAAAUGCGAUUCAAGGCCUGUGGUGGUGGACAGUCUGAGAUGCAAAUGCAUCCGAACGAUCCUGUUUCUCCCCUCUGA